AUGUUUAACGACGUUAUUUUUGAUUUCGAAGCCUGCGCAAAAAAUUUUUUUCUUUACAAAAUUUCACCAACUUCCAAUGAUGACUCAAAAAAUUCCUCACUUUCUGCCUACAAUUUUGGGUAUAAUGUUAAUGACGAGUAUAUUUCAAAUAGAAAUAAUUUAAUUAAUUCACAAACCAAACUACGCAAUGAUACAAAUAAAAUUGAAAGAGUGAAACAAGAACCCCAAAAUAAUAAAGAAGAAAAACAACAAUUUAAAGACAAAUUCGAAGAAUUUGAAAAAUGCAAUUUUUUUGUUUCAUUUUCUGUUUAUUUUACUUGGUUUGUAUUGACCGUUUUUGCCUACAUUCGAGAAUUUCUUCGGUAUUAUGGAUUUGAGAAGAACAAAUCUGCUUGUGAAAGGCUGGAAAUGAGGGAUUUUGCUCCACUUUUCAAUUCUUUUGAAGCUAUUUAUGCAAGAAAUUGUUAUAUGAGGGUUAGAGAUGUUUUUGAAAGGCCAAUAUGUGGAGUUCCUGGAGGCACAGUUAAACUACUCGAUCGAGAAACUGAUGAUUAUUGUUGGAAUUUUAGAUUUCCUGGGACACAAACAGAAGUUAUCAACACUGCCUCUUAUAAUUACCUUGGAUUUGCCGAAAAUAAAGGACCUUGUGCCACAGCUUCAGCCAACAUAAUUAAUGACCAAGGGAUUUCUUCAUGUGCCAGCAUUCGUGAAUUAGGUCAACCUUUAGCUCAAACUGAAUUAGAGAAUUUGGUUGCUGAAUUUAUUGGAGUUGAAUCUGCCAUAUGUUUUGGAAUGGGAUUUGCUACAAAUUCGAUGAAUUUGACCUGUUUAAUGGAUAAGGAUUCCUUAAUAAUUUCUGACCAAUAUAACCAUGCUUCUUUAAUUCUUGGUUCAAGAAUAUCUGGAGCUACAAUAAAAAUAUUUAAGCAUAAUAAUAUUCAAGAUUUGGAAAAAGUAUUGAGACAAUCAAUUAUUUUUGGAAAUACUAAAAAGGAAGGAAAACCUUUCUCUAAAAUAAUGGUUAUUAUUGAAGGAAUAUAUUCAAUGGAAGGAACAAUUUGUAAAUUGGAUGAAAUUAUUAAAUUAAAGAAAAAAUAUAAAUUUUAUUUAUAUUUGGAUGAGGCACACAGCAUAGGUGCAAUGGGAAAAACAGGACGCGGAAUUGUUGAAUAUUAUAAUUGUGAUUCUAAAGACGUUGAUAUUUUUAUGGGGACAUUUACAAAAAGUUUUGGAGCUGCUGGUGGUUAUAUUGCGGGUAGUAAGGCUUUAAUUUCCCACAUUCGCCAAAAUUCUCCUGGUGAAUUCUACACAAUACCAAUGUCACCACCAAUUGCCAAACAAAUAUUUACAGCAAUGUCUUCAAUUAUGGGUAAAGACGGGACUGGUGAAGGACAAAAAAGAAUUGAACAAUUGGCUAGAAACACCAAUUAUGUUCGUCUAAAAUUAAAACAAUUGGGAUUUAUUGUUUAUGGUUCUAAUCAUUCUCCUGUUAUUCCUAUUAUGAUUUAUCAUCCAACAAAAUGCGGCCUUUGGGGACGUUUAAUGUUGGAACGUAAAAUUGGUGUGGUUGUUGUAUCAUUUCCAGCAACAGAAAUGACCCAAAGCCGUGUUCGUAUUUGUAUUUCUGCUGCACAUACAAAAGAAAUGCUUGAUAAAUUGUUAAAAAAUAUUGAUGAAGUUGGGGAUAUUAGUAGAACAAAACAUUCAAAUAAAUCAGAAUUUUACAAAUCAACUGAAGCAAUUUGGUAA